GAGCUUUUCGUGCUGGGAGGGGGGGCUAAAUACCCGCAGCAGCGCGCGCGCGGCGGAGAGUAUUGCGGCCUUGUCCGCCCCCAGGGAAGCGGAAUCUUAUUGCGGGGCAGCCCCCGCCGCCCUCUCCUAAAGCUCAUGCUGCGGGAGCUGUUGUAAUGGCGCUGCGCGACACGCGGUCGCUCUACCCGGGCUGCGAAGUCGCCUGCGUCUCGCUGGGCGCCGCGACGCUGCGCCCGGGCGCGGCGGCGGAGCUGCUGCGGGCGGCCUCGGACCUAGGCGUGCGCCUCGCGGACACGGCGGACUCCUACGGCGCCUCGGAGGCGCUCCUCGGCGCGCACGGCCAGUCGCUCCACGUGGCCUCCAAGUUCGGCGGCGACUUCUCCGCGUCGCGGUGCACGGCGGCGGCGGCCGAGGCCGUCGCGCGGCUGCGGCGGCGGCGCAUCGCGCUCUACCAGCUCCACUCGCCGCCCGACGACUUCGCCUACGACGUGGCGCUCGUCGAGACGCUCGGGCGCCUCGUCGCGGGCGGCGUCGUCGGCGCGUGGGGCGCGUCGGUCGAGAGCUACGCGGCGGGCGCGGCCGCGGUCGCCGCAGGCGCGCGCUGCCUCCAGGCGCCGUUCAACGCCCUGGACCAGUCGCUCGCGCCGCUCCUCGCCGCCUGCGCGGCGCGCGGCGUCGGCGUGCUCGCGAGGUCCGCGCUCGCGCGCGGCUGGCUCACGGCGCGCGGCGUCGCGGCCGCUCGCCUCGGUCUCCUCCACGAAUCCGCGCCGCGCCGGCGGGCGCUCUUCGAGCGCGUCGUCGCGGUCGCGGCCGUCGCCGAGGGCUGCGGCGUGCGCGUCGAACACCUCGCGCUGCGCUUUGCCGCGCACGCGACGGGCGUGACCUCGGCGCUCGUCCAGGCGCACGACGCACGGGGCCUCGCGGACCUCGUCGCCGGCGCCGGUCUCGACGAGCCGCUGCCGGAGUCGGCGCGCGCGGCGCUCGUUGCGUUGGGAACGUCGCCGGGCGACCGCGCCCACGGCGGCGCCGCGCGCGUCUGGGACUGGGCGGGGCCGACGCCACGCGACGUGCUCGAGGAGCUGCACGCGACGGAGGCCCUCCGGAGCGCGGGCGGCGCGGCGCGGCGUCCGCCUCGUCGUCUUCCAUGGUAUUUCGCGCACGUAUCGUUCGCGAACGACGCGGCACGCAGGCUUCUACGACGCGGGCGGCCGCUACGCGCCGCACGAGGCCAGAUGGCGCCGGGACUUCGCGACGCGCGGCGUCGCGGGGCCCUUCCGUGGCGCAUUCCCGCGGGACGUGGCGAGCGCGCUUGCAGCGGGCGCGGUCGCCGAGCCGGGCCGACCGCAGGCGUCGUACUUCCACCGCGACGUCGCCGCGCCGCUCGCCGCCGGCGCGUUCCCGGGCGACCUGGAGGCGGCGCUCGCCGCCAUCCUCGACGACGCGACCUGCUGCCGCCGCGCGACGCCGCCGUUUGCCGUCGACAGCUUCGCGGACGCGUGGCCGCGUCGGUCCGGGAGAGCGGAGAAGGCCUUCGCCGCAAACGUCGUCGCGCACGCCCGCGCGACGCCGGGCGUCGCGGCGUGGCGCUGCCCGAGCGGCCGCGAGGCGGUCGCGACGGGCCUCUCGCCCUGGGGCCUCGGCGUCGCCAACGGCCACCACGUCGACCACGGCCCGCACGGCGCCGCCUGGGACUUUGCGCUCGAGGAUCAGCUGCUAGCGCCCUGGUGCGUCGUUUAUGUCCUCCUGACGGACGUGGCGCGGGACCAGGGCCCGACGGUCGCGUGGCCCGGAUCCCAGCGGGUGAUGGCGAACAUCCUCGCGGGCCUCGGCCCGUGGCGCCGGGUCCUCCUGGACACGCCGCGCAUGUACGCGCUCUGUGCGGCGGCGGAUUCGUACUUCGGCGACGCCGACGCGACGACGCUCGUCGGCGCCGCGGGCGACGCGUUCCUCGUCCACCCGCUGCUGCUCCACACCGCCUCCGCAUCGACGCGCCGGGCGCCACGUGCGAUCCUGAACUUGCCGUACCCGGCGCGGCCGCGCCGAACAGCGAAGGGAUCGCUUUCCGCGCUCGACCUUCCGAUCCGCGACGCGUUGCGGGGGGGCGGCUGCUGCGGGCCGCUCGUCGUCCCGCUCGUCGCGUGGACCGCGGCCUUCGGCGCGCUCCACCAGCGGUGCCGCGCGCGCUUCCCGCGCCUCGCGUGGCUCCUCUACUGGCCCGCCGCGCUCGGCUUCGCGCUCCUCUGCCGCUGCGCCGCGCCCGCCGCGCGCCAGGCGCCGCGGCCGCGCCGCGCUUGGGGAUGGCUCGGACGCCGCGGGCGCCGGCCCUCGCCCGCGCCCGACGCGGAGGUCGGCGGCAGCGGCUAUGACGAUGAUACGCCGCUCCUCCAGCGCGGCGGCGGGGACCCGUAG